AUGGCCCCUCCGGGCCCGGCCGGCGCCCACCCCACCUCCGCCGAGCCGCUGUCCCGCAGCAUCUUCCGGAAGUUCCUGCUGAUGCUCUGCUCCCUGCUCACGUCCCUGUACGUCUUCUACUGCCUGGCCGAGCGCUGCCAGACCCUGGCGGGCCCGGUGGUGCGGCCGUCGGGCGGCGGCGACAAGGCGGGGGCCCCGGGGCGAGGCGCCCUGGCCGGAGGCCCGAGGGAGCUGGCGGUGUGGCCCGCGGCGGCGCACAGGAAGCGCCUCCUGCAGCUGCAGCCGUGGCGGAGACUCCGGCCGCCCGCGCCGCGCCCCGACGGCGAGGAGGCGGCCUGGGAAGAGGAGCCCCCCGGUCUGGCCGGCGGUCCCGGCGGCUCCGGGGCCGGGAGCAGCGUGGCCGAGGCCCCGCCGGGGACCCUGGCCCUGCUGCUGGACGAAGGCAGCAAGCAUCUGCCGCAGGCCAUCAUCAUCGGCGUGAAGAAGGGCGGCACGCGGGCUCUGCUGGAGUUCCUGCGCGUGCACCCCGACGUGCGCGCCGUGGGCGCCGAGCCCCACUUCUUCGACCGCAGCUACGACAAGGGCCUCGCCUGGUACCGGGACCUGAUGCCGAGGACCCUGGAGGGGCAGAUCACCAUGGAGAAGACACCCAGUUACUUCGUCACCCGCGAAGCGCCCGCGCGCAUCUCGGCCAUGUCCAAGGACACCAAGCUCAUCGUGGUGGUGCGGGACCCGGUGACCCGAGCCAUCUCGGACUACACGCAGACACUGUCCAAGCGGCCCGACAUCCCCACCUUCGAGAGCUUGACGUUCAAGAACCGCACGACGGGCCUCAUCGACACGUCGUGGAGCGCCAUCCAGAUCGGCAUCUACGCCAAGCACCUGGAGCACUGGCUGCAUCACUUCCCCAUCGGCCAGAUGCUCUUCGUGAGCGGGGAGCGGCUCAUCAGCGACCCAGCCGGCGAGCUGGGCCGCGUGCAGGACUUCCUGGGCCUCAAGAGGAUCAUCACCGACAAGCACUUCUACUUCAACAAGACCAAGGGCUUCCCCUGCCUGAAGAAGGCCGAGGGCAGCAGCAAGCCCCACUGCCUGGGCAAGACCAAGGGCAGGACCCACCCCGAGAUCGACCGCGAGGUGGUGCGCAGGCUGCGCGAGUUCUAUCGGCCGUUCAACUUGAAGUUCUACCAGAUGACCGGCCAGGACUUUGGCUGGGAUGGAUGA